AUGGAAGCGCGCAAGAAACGGAUAGAGGCACUAGCUGUUAUCGAUAGAAUUCCUGUUCACAGCUCAACGUCCUCUUCGAAUCCAUACAAGACCCAACAGAGUGUUGACAAAAUACGCUUGAAUGAGGACCAUCAGCGUUCCUUUCAUCUUGAAAUAUCUAUCCCGGAUGAUGGUGAUCGAGAUUAUGCAUACUCUCACGAGUCACCACUUCCGAGAAGCUUCGACGAAGACAUGUCUCCAUCAUCUUCACUCAUAGAUGCAAUGGAGGAGCUUUUCAUAGAUUACAGUCAGACAGAAACACGGAACACUACAGCCAAUCCCAAAUAUGGUCAGCUCACUAGGUCUUCGGUAAUGCGGAACUGCGAGAUAAGAGAUCAUCGUCCUGUAGAAGAAGAUCACAAAACCUCCGAGGGAAUUAUGCCGACAGAACCUUUUGUUUUCACAUGGCGUACGCCUCUCCUUUAUUAUUCGGCUGUGGUAUACACGUACACUAAUCAUGAGCCAGCGAAAUGCCCCUCAGGGAUGAAGAACGCGCCGAUGAUAGCCAAGUGGGAAGUUUGCCGUAUUGCAUACCAUUGUUCUUUGAGCCCAGAAGAUGUACCCCUGAAGUAUCUCUCACAAUGGAAAGAUCAAGACGUCUUCUGGAAAGACCUGAAACAGCACAACUGUUUCCGUGAUAAGGCUUUCCCAGCAAAGUGCAAUAGAGAAGUAUGGGACCAAGGCCAUGGACAAAAUCCCAACGAGGAAAGAGCUGUAGAGUAUAAGGCCAAUCUACGUUUUUGCAAUCCUGACAGAAAACCAAAGCUGGAGCUUGAAAUACCUGUGCUUGGAAAAAGCUCCAGACUUCGCCGAAAAUUUGGUUCUAAUCGUUUUAUAGAACUUCAGCUGCUCUUUGACGAUGGAUGCGCGACAAUCCUCAAAAACAAAGACGAAAGGAGAGCACUAGCCAGGUGGCUAGUCCAAGAGCAUCAUCCAUUUCUGUCUCAGACAUGGGUAGCUUGUUACAUCGAGGAAAUAAGAUCAAAAAAAGGGAAAUCCAGCUCAGUUGCACCCAAGAUAACCGGCAAGCGCGUUGUUUUGUUCGGAGAGCACGUGGUAGGACUCAACAUUGGCUCUACUAUGUCUGCUAGAGCUAGUCAGAUCAAUCAUCCGUCAGCUUUGACGUCAGUUGAUUCAUUUUGCGACAGGUAUGAUGUACUGGACUGGCUUUUACAGCUGGACUCCAACGCAGAUCAACCUUAUAUUAAGCUCUUUCAUCGAAUUUCAUUAGGUAGCAUCACCAUGCCCUUUAUCAUGUUUGCAGGCCUAAGCAAAACAACCCCUACUGUGAUGCUUAUGGAAAACUCUAUUCGGCACAUACAUACAGAUAUUGAAUCUCCAAAUGGAACUCCCAUGAACGAUGGCAUCGGAAGAAUUUCUCACUUGCUUUUGAGUGAGGUGCGGGAUAUCAUGGGGCUGGACUUUCUCCCAACAGCUAUUCAAGCUAGGAUUGGUGGCGCUAAAGGGCUCUGGAUGAUGGAUUCAACUCCUUAUCCCCCAGACGAGCGCUGGAUCGAGAUAUAUCCAUCGCAGCGAAAAUGGGAAUGCAACUGGUCUGAUCCCGCCCACCGAAUCUUGGAGGUGGUUUCCGUUUCUUCUUAUAGGGGACCAGCCUUUUUAAACCUUCAAUUCAUUCCAAUCUUGGAAGAGCGAGCAAUUGAUCGAAAACUCAUGCGCACAACUCUUUGCGAACGCAUAGAUAAGCACAUUCGUAACGACCUGGGCAAUGCCAAAGCAGCCAUGGAAAUACCAGAAGCCUUUCGAAAAUGGAUCCAUGAAACUUCCUCCCCCACAUUUGUUGACAGCCAAGAUAGCACAUCAUGGUUUGUGGGAGGUUUGCCUGCAGACUGGCCCAAGACGAUGAGUUUUCUUGCUGAUGGCGGUUUCGAACCAAGGAGGCUCGAAUUCCUAAAUUCCUUGAUGUUCAGUCAUCAAAAAAAACGUUGGGAACAGAUGGAAACCAAACUUCAUAUCAGGAUUGCCAAGUCAACUUCCGCACUGAUGGCUAUCGACUUCCAGAGGGUUCUGGCACCAAAUGAAGUCCAGCUGUGCUUUUCACCAGCAUUUGAUGAUGGGCAACAGACCCUUGAUGACCUUGGUGGAUUUGACGUGCUCGUUGGUCGCUGCCCAGCACAUCUACCAAGUGAUAUUCAAAAGGUAAAGGCUGUGUUCAAGCCAGAGCUACGACACUUCAAAAAUGUCAUCGUAUUCUCUUCCUUAGGUGAUGAGCCACUAGCAAAUAAGCUCUCCGGAGGCGAUUAUGACGGAGAUAAGGCCUGGGUUUGCUGGGACCCAGAUAUAGUCGACAAUUUCAAGAGUACUGAUGUGCCGUCGCCGCACACUUUCAAGGAGUACUUCCAGCCCAACACUCAGACGCUAGGCAGUCUAGCAUCCCGAUACGGCAAGCCUCACUAUCUGGACAUGUUUCUGGAAGAAGCCUUCGACUUUCAUCUCAGUCCCUCUUACAUGGGCACCUGCACAGGGUAUAAGGAAAGCCUAGCUUAUCAUGAGGGCAGUAUCGGAAAUGAGACCGUCGUCAAACUGAGCAUGCUAUUAAGUGCGCUUGUGGACCAAGAGAAAAGCGGAUUCGAAUUUGACGAGAACAUCUGGUGUCGCAUCAAGGAAGAGCAGUGUGGUGGCAAAUUGUUCCUGAAAGCUCCAGCUUAUAAAACCGACGACUUUACAGCUUUAGCUACCUCGAACCAUAUUAUCGAUUACCUCAAGCUUGCAAUACACCAGCGGAUACAUGAUGGGAUUAGAGAGUUUUCUAAUUACCGAACAGAUUCUGGCAUUGGAUAUGAUAAGCCGACCUUGUCAGCUAUUGGAACGAUUUUGAGAACCAAGCAAAUCAGAUAA